GCUUUUCCUACACUUUACUGAUCAAACUGUCAAAAACCAGUCAAACUAAAAUAGAAAAAAAAAACUUGAUUGACUCGAAAUCUCAUAUCGAAAGUUCAUAAAAGCCAAGCAAAUAUUUGGCCCAACGAUUCAGCUAACCGUCCAUCCAUCAUGAUGACCAGCAGCGACAGGGAACCCUUGGUGGAAGAGGGCAGAGUUCUGGGCCCCCAGGCACGCCUCACACUUGGCCAUAAAAUUCUCUUCUUUAUGCUGGGUCUGAUAUCGGCCCUUACCAUAUGUGUGCUCAUCCGAUUGUCCAAUAAACUGACCGCCGAUGCUGAACACAAGUCUUUGAUGCACUUUAAAGAGAUCUCAAAUGGUCGACGCUUUGGCAAUUAGCAUUAAUAUAUUUGUAUUCAUAUUUUGUAUAUAUAUAUAUUUUCCCCUUUGCUUAUCAAGUGUUAAAUGAUUUGAUGCGGAAAAAGUUA